AUGGAGUAUAAUAAAAUAAUGUUGGUUUAUGAUAACAAUGAAAUACUUUUAGUAAAUUUAGAUAAUGAAAGAUGUGAAAAUAAAUAUGAAAAUUCAAUAAAAGACAAAGAAAAGAAAAUCUGUAUGCUUAAUAAUGGAAAUUUUAUUAUUUUAAAUGCCAAUAGAAAAGUUAUAUCACAAUACUUAUCUACAAAAAAUGCUGCAAUUUAUACGAAAUUCGUACGAGUGAAUUUGAGCGUUAUUAAAUUAACAAAAAAUGAAAAAAUAAUUUUUGGAGGUGACAAAAUAGGAAAUAUUUAUGUAUGGUCAUCUAUAUCAGGAUUUUUAAUAAAUUAUUUUCAAGCACAUUUUGGUGAAGUUAAAGAUAUAUUAAUUGAUCAAAUAUUAAAUGUUGUAUAUACAUAUAGCGAUGAUAAUAUUAUUCAUGUGUACAAUUUAAGUGAUGUAUUAAAGAAAAAAAAGGUUAAACCUAUGCUUUUAUACCAACAUAAUAUAAAUGCUAGCAUAAGACAAAUUAUUUCGGUGACUCCAAAUAUAUAUGAUACAUAUUAUACAUUAAUUUCCUUAACGAGCAAUGGAAAUUUACAUAUUUUUGGUUUAAAAUCAAAAAAAGCUGUAUAUAUCUUAAAAACGAAUACAGAAAAUUGCACAUAUAUUUGUUCAAAUGAGCCUUUCAAUACUCAUUUAUAUUUAUGCAAAGGAAAUAAAAUUUUUCGUAUACCAUUUACUGCAUUUAGCAAAAAUAAUGAAAAUAAUAUAAAAGAUUUGAAAUGUAAAAAGGACAUUAAAUUGAAAGAAUAUGGAGAUUAUGUACAAAUAGUAAAAAAGAAAAGUGAUGAUAUAUUUUCUAAUUUUAAAGAAAAUGAAAUUUCAAAAAAUGAAAAUGAAAAUGAAUCAUAUCUUAAUUUGAAAGAUUUUACAAUAUUUUUAGGUCAUAAAAAUGACGUCAUAAAAUGUUAUGUAAAUGAUAAAAAGCAAAUAAUGAUAUCUCUAGCCAAAGAUGGUAUAAGAAUAUGGGAUAUAUUUAAUUGUUACACUAUAAAAUCUUUGAAAUAUGGAGAAAAUGUAAUUGAUUUUUUUGUGCCUAAUAUUAAAAUUCAUUCUUAUUUAAUAGAGUUUCCAAACUUGACUCUUGAAUAUGAAGAUGAUGCAAAAAUAAAUUUUAUUAAUGAAAUUAAACAAAAUGAUUGCUAUAUAAAUUAUAAGCUAUUUUUAGGUGAAGAAAACACCUUAAUUAAUAUGGCUAAUAUGUUUGCAACACAUGGACUGUGA